AUGGCAACAGCGCACAUCAUCAUUUCCUUUUUAUAUGCUCUCCAGGGCCUCACAAAUCCUGCUGUGAUAUCCGUCCCCAACGGAAGUACCUUGUACUUUGCCAGUGUUACAGCCUUCUGGUCGACACUGACAGGAUUGUAUCUUUUCAAUGUUCUUGUUCUGCAUUUCCUGCUAAUCUGGAGGUUUUAUUUGGUUUGGAAUCGUAACUUGAUCCUUGCUAUCAUCCUGCUCAUCCUGGAAGUUGGACACCUAUCAACUGCUUUAGCGGCCUGGGCUAUAGUCACUCAUUCCGGUGUCAUCUUUGAAUCGACUGCCUUGCACAUAGCGACGGCUCUUUUUAUACUCAACCUCGUUCUCACCAUUUGUCUCACGACCGGGAUCGCCUAUCGUCUUUGGCGCGCGGGAGUUGAUACGUUUGGUUUGACUGGUCAUAAUGCCUACAAACCUGCUAUAUACACCAUCAUUCAAUGCGGUGAAAUCUAUACUAGCAGCAUCGUGGUAAUAUGCGUUCUACGCCUUUCCGGGAAACCAGCUGGUCUCGUGGCACCUUACGUCGGCAUUCAGUUUGCCACCUUGACCCCUCUUCUUCUCAUCGUCAGUCUUGAGUUUGGCGUGAGGCAUGACGAGGCAUAG